AUGGACCAACCACCCGACUCGCACGGAUCUGACCAAGAGGGAAAAAAUGAUGCCAUAUCAGCAUAUCCAGAGAUGCACACGAUGGAAGAGUACAUACAGGCGGUCAAGAGCCGGCAUGCGCACUUUCAUCCGUCGGAAGAGGCACGCCACACCCGGAAGGGGUACGUUAUUGAUCCUGUGGGUGCGGCUCUGCACGGUGCCCACAUACAUGCUAUGUCGAUCUCAAAAGACUCGUCGAUCUUAUUAUCAGGUGGAAGCGAUGGCUAUAUACGAUGGUAUGACUUGCCUGCAAGUAUGAAUGGCAACAACAUGCUGACGCAAAACUUGAGGAACUCUUUUGUCGAGGGCGUGACCAAGGUUGGCGUGCUUAUGACGUGGUGGGGUCAUUCCCAUCUCGAAAGAGGAGCUGAUCCUGACACUUCUGCAGCGGAGGCGCCCCUGAGUGCUGUUCACAGCCUCGCGUGCCAACGCGAAGCUCUGUGGGGCGUCAGUGGUGGUGAAUCGGGCACCAUUAACUUGUGGGGUCUUCGUCAUGGAGCAGGAUCUAUCCGACAUGUGCUUCACAAGCACACAGAUGCCGUGUCUGCGCUUCAACUUGAUCCAUCAGAGGAGCAUCUAAUUAGUGGCGGCUGGGAUCGCGGCGUGUACCAAUGGGAUCUCAACACAGGACAAAUUGUGCGCUCUUUUGAUGGACAUACAGGCCAGGUAUCCAAUAUCGCGUUUCGUCCGCUGUACGUGCCGGGCGAACAACCCAUACCUGAUGCAGCGCUGUAUCCAUCAGCACCAGAGGCCAUGGAUGUUGAUGCAAUCGAUGACGACUUGGAGCAAGAGUUGAAUCGCACACUCAGUGAGCAAGCGCCUGACGAUGCCCAACAUGACACAGACGCCGAGGGAGAUAAUGACUCUCUCUUUGGUGGCGAGCGAGAUGGACCGACGUCGGACUCUCACGCUCCUGAUCAGGAUGCGGAAGGCGACACAGAUAAUGAUGAUGCGGACGAAAAGCCGUUUGCUGGCCGACAUGAUACCCCUCGUCUGGCUGACACCAAAUCAACGGGUGCCUCGAUUUCGCUGCCUGGCCAGCCAUCCAAGUCCGAACCCACAUCCGAUGUACGGGCCCCAGAACCAAAGUCACACCUACCCAAGCCGCUCUUUGGAUCCAUGAAUACAUCGUGGCAUUAUGACGCGGACCUGCGUGAUUUCAGCCAAGAUAUUUUGUUGACCAGCACACUGUCCGGUCAAGUUAUGCUAUGGGAUCGACGUGUAGAUACCAAGUCGAAGCAUGGCGUGCGGGCUCUGGGUCUUCCGCAUGGUACACCGCCUUGGUGUACCGGCACCUGCUGGAACCACACGGGCGACAAGAUUUACGUUGGACGUCGGAAUGAGCUGGUGGAGGAAUGGGACGUCCGUAUGCUUCCGGACAUUACGUCCAACCCAGGCUCUCGGUCGCAGAAUGGGGCUGCACCUGCUUAUCUUCGUGCUCUGCGUCUACCGCGAGGCAGUGGACCUGUCAGUUCGGUGGCAGUGAUGCCCAACAAUCGACACAUCGUUUGUGGUUCCUUUGAUAACGUGCGUCUGUGGGACUUGGAGGCCACAGGACAAGUGCCAUUCAAGAUCGUCGCAGGACACCAUGGUGGUAUGAUCUCGCAUAUCCUGAUGGAUCCGUGCGCCCGAUUCCUCAUGACGGGCUCGGGCGACCGCGGAUGGUUCGCGUCCAGUACCGAGACACUUCUCAUGCACGAGAUCUCAGCGUUAUGA